CUCGKGAGGCUGCUGUGAGUCACUCAUCCCCUGCUGCUGGGAAUAGCAGCGAGCAGCCUGCGAAGCAACACCGGUGAGAUGCUUCGUGUUGAUGGACUGAAAUGAACGGCCGGUUUAGGAGCAGAGCUUUUAAUUGUCAUGAAGAACGUCAGCCAGUGCUGCACAUUUAUGAUCAUACCCUCAGGACUGCAGAUACUUCUAACAGGGUGAUGACAAUGGUACAGUGAUGGCAGAGACACAGCAGGAUUUUUAGAGUGAGAAGAUGCUGAGGAAUGAAAAUGCAUCUUGGUUCUCCAAUUUCUCCUCUGCUGCCUCGUCCUUCGUGAAAGGAGAUGGAAGCUGGGCAGGAAUUGGCCUCCAGGAGGUGGUCAUUGGACUGAUACUAACCCUUAUUGAUCUGAUCACACUCCUGGGAAACACAGUAGUCUUCAUCUGCCCUGUGGUGGAGAAGAGGCUGCGCACUGUCACCUACAUGUUCAUCAUGUCUUUAGCCACAGCAGACUUCCUUGUCGCGUGCCUGGUCAUGCCAUUUAGUAUCAUUUAUGAGGUGACAGGGAUGUGGCUGUUUGGGAAGCUGUUUUGCAAAGUAUGGAUCUCCUUUGAUGUCAUGUUCUGCACUGCGUCCAUCGUUACUUUGUGCUUUAUAAGCCUGGACAGAUACUGCUCUGUGGUGACCCCUUACCACUACUCAAGAAGGAUGUCUCGUGGCAGGUGCAUCGUAAUGACCUGCAUGGUCUGGGUGUACUCUUCUCUCAUUUCUUUCCUUCCUGUCAUGCAAGGCUGGAACGAGAUCCCUGGAGUGCAUUUUGAUGCAGGCAGAGAAUGCAUCUUUGUCACCAACUGGAUUUUUGCCAUUGUAGCGUCUGCCUUGGCCUUUUUUGUCCCCUUCAUGGUCAUGUGCAGCAUGUAUUUCUUCAUCUACCGGGCUUCGCGGCUCAAGGCCACACGGAUCAUGUCUCAGACGCUGGACAUUCACUACCACCCCAACAGCAAGCGGCAGAACCACCUGCAGCUGGAGAACAAAGCCACGCGGACCAUUAGCAUUAUCAUUUCUGUCUUUGUGCUCUGCUGGCUGCCCUACUUUGUCCUGAAUGUUUGGUUGGCUGCCAAAGGGGUCAAUUCCACCAGCACUGUCCUGGUUGACACCUUCAAGAUCAUCACUUGGUUGGGUUAUUGCAACUCCACAAUCAACCCAAUGCUCUACGCAUUCCUGAACCGGGACUUCCAGCGGGCCCUGAAGAAGCUGCUCAUUUGCAGGCACAGGUCUCAGGUGGACAUUGGAGAAGACAUGGUUUCAAUAGCCACCUUUUCCAAGACUGCUCCAGACUUGGAAUGUAGCGUGUCAGUGCCAGUGCCUAAUGGCACUCUGAAGGCCAAACCCAAGUAAUAGGGAUUUGGAAUCAGCUGCUGGAGGCUGUGGUGGGAUCAACACAAGAGCACAUCUGAAUGGAAGAGCAAUGGGAAGGAAAAUAGAGGAAGCAGAAGCUGUAAUAGAACUUGAGUGUUUAUUACAGCUGGAAGCAUCCUGCAAGCUAUUGCUUCAUCUUCCAUACUUUUAUCAAUGAUGAACUUUGCUAUUUUGGGGCAAUUUAUUACAACUAAUGAAGAUAAUUACUGUCUCACUAUUUAUUUUAAUUGGUAUUUCCUAAGAUGAAUUCAAACUUCCUACUGGUAAAAAAUAACUUUGAUAAUGUGAACUUG